UUGAAAGCUUUGAACACAUCCCAUCUGAUUUUACAAAGGGUGACGGAAUUGAAGAAAAAUGGCCACGAGUCGGAGGAACUUAUGGAGGUGGUGGGACUCCACAAAUGGGGUCUUCUACUAAUUCGCAUGGAGCAAUUGGCGGCAUGGAUGGGUACUCGAAUAAUCGCCAAGAAACUAAAACAGGUGCAGGUCGUCCACGUAAAAAAGUUAAGCAAGAAUAUCUUUUACCGCCACCACAACCAAUAGCGAUUUUGGACAGAACACUUCCACAUGUUUUUGUCAAUAGAAAAACAAAUGAAUUUAGUUUUAGCUGUAAUAUUGCUGGGUAUACUCCGGAAGAGUUGCAAGUUGAACUUGUUGGUGCUGAGUUAGUAAUUAGCGGGGCUCAUAAGCAACAAACAAUAAAUCAAUCAUUCACUGCAUCAUUUUCACGACGUAUAUUACUUCCAGAGGGAGUUCAUAAAGAAACAAUUUAAUGUAGUGUUGAUGAUAAAGGUUUAUUAAAUGUUAUUGGUCAAUUAAUGCAUGUUGGAAAACCAAAAACAAUUCAACAAGAAUUACAACAACAAAUGCAACGACAACAAAUACAAGAACAACAGCAUUUACAUGAGGAGCAGCAACAUUUACACGAGGAACAGCAAUUAGAACAGCAACAAC